CCGCGUACGGCCCGGUCGCUCCCUCCGCGCUGGGGCCCGCCCGCGGGGCCGGCCGCCUGUCAGAGGGAGGUGGCGAUGGUGCUCCCGGUGGCGGUGGCGGAUGCGGCGGCUUCCCUGGUCCAAGUGCAGGGAGGAGAAGAUGACUGACCGACCGACUGACUGAAUGAAUGAAUGGCGGAGCCGAGCGCGCCAUGAGGAGCCUGCCGAGCCUGGGCGGCCUCGCCCUGUUGUGCUGCGCCGCCGCCGCCGCCGCUGCUUCAGCAACCUCGGCGGGGAAUGUCACCGGUGGUGGCGGGGCCCGGGGGCAGGUGGACGCGUCGCCGGGCCCGGGGCUGGGGGCCGAGCCCAGUCACUCUUUUUCUAAGGCCACGGUUCCUACGGCCCAGGCCCCGAGGACCGGACCCCCACGGGGUACCGACCACCGACUCCUGGCUACAUCCUCUUCAGCCCAGUCCCUGGAGACCACCCCUCCUCCGGCCGCGACCGGACCCGCUCCGACCACCUUUCAGGCGCCGCUCGGCCCCUCGCCGACCACCCCUCCUGCGGUGGAACCCACUCCGACCACCCUUCGGGCUACGACCAGACCUGCGCCGACCACCAUCUCGACGACCCCUGGCCCGGCGCCGACCACCCCUGUAGCGACCACGGUGCGGGCGCCCACCAUUCCCCCGAUCCUGAGCUCGGUUUUCCCCGGCGGCAGCAGCAGCUUCCUGCCCACCCCACCUGCCACCGAGGCCCCCACUCCGCCUUCCCCAGAAUAUGUAUGUAACUGCUCUGUGGUCGGAAGCCUGGAUGUGACUCGCUGCAACCACAGCACAGGGCAGUGUGAGUGUCAGCCAGGUUAUCAGGGUCUUCGCUGUGAAACCUGCAAGGAGGCCUUUUACCUGAAUCGUACUUCCGGGCUCUGUCUACCGUGUGACUGUAGUCCACAUGGAGCCCUCAGCGAACUCUGCAACAGUUCUGGAAAAUGUCAGUGCAAAGUGGGUGUCACCGGCUCUUCAUGUGAUCGAUGCCAAGAUGGAUAUUACGACUUUAAUAAGAAUGGCUGCUUGCCCUGCCGAUGCAGUAAUCGGUCUGCCAGUUGUGAUGCCCUCACAGGUGCUUGUCUAAAUUGCCAGGAUAACAGCCAAGGGGAUCACUGUGAAGAAUGCAAAGAAGGGUUUUAUCAGAGUCCUAAUGCCACAAGAGAAUGUCUUCACUGCCCUUGUUCAGCAGUGACAUCUACAGGCAGCUGUGUCAUAAAAUUGGGUGAACUGGAACCUCAGUGUGUCCAGUGUAAAGAUGGUUACACAGGCCAGAACUGCAAUGAAUGUGAAAAUGGCUAUUACAAUUCUGACAGCAUCUGUAUGGAAUGUCAAUGUCAUGGCCACGUGGACCCAAUGAAAACUCCCAAGAUUUGUAAGCCCGAGAAUGGCGAGUGCAUCGGCUGCCUCCAUAACACCACUGGGUUUUGGUGUGAGAGCUGCCUAGAAGGUUAUGUUCGAGACCACGAUGGAAAUUGCACCAAGAAAGAAGUUAUUGUUCCAACACCUGAAGGUUCUACCAUUUUGGUUUCCAAUGCCUCUUUGACCACAUCCGUGUCCACCCCUGUUAUAAAUAGUACCUUUACCCCUACAACCCUGCAGACUAUCUUUUCAGUAAGCUCUGCUGAAAACAGCACGUCAGCUUUAGCUGAUGUAUCAUGGACCCAGUUUAACAUCAUCAUUUUGACAGUCAUCAUCAUUGUGGUGGUGCUGCUGAUGGGAUUUGUGGGGGCUGUGUAUAUGUACCGGGAGUACCAAAACCGGAAGCUCAAUGCCCCCUUUUGGACCAUCGAGCUGAAAGAAGACAACAUCAGUUUCAGCAGCUACCAUGACAGCAUUCCCAAUGCAGAUGUGUCAGGAUUGUUGGAAGACGACGGCAAUGAAGUGGCUCCCAAUGGGCAGCUGACCCUGACGACACCGAUCCAUAACUAUAAAGCCUGAGGAGCUGGAGCUGUUCUCCCCAGGGGUCGGACCACAGUGCUCACUGGGACAGCAUCAGCCCCUGGGCCAGACAAAGCCCGGCUAGAGUGGCCGAGAUGAGAAAGCAAAGGCAUAGAGUGCAUCUGAUUCAGGUACAAAUCUGUAACGUACUUAACCUAUUACUCUUAGUUUUCCCAUGAAGAUCCGAGCAGUCACUGUCAAUAAGGACUUGAAGUAAAGUAUAUUUUUGUACCAAAUCACACGGGAGUGUAGAAAGGCUGAACCGUAUAGUGUGGCCCAAAUCCACUUUGACCUCCAAGCAGACUCCUGGGGAAGUGUUCAGCAAACCAGCGGAAGCGGGACAAUGGGUGAGGAGGGGGAAAGGACUUCCAGAAGACUUCAUCUCCGUUCCUGAAGCGUAUUUUUUUAAAAGGACGGUCAGGGAUGAUGUUCAUUUUACUAAAAGACAUCACUGAGGAAACGCUGAUGUUUGGGCUGUAUCACAAUGAACGAUCUCGAUUAUCUCUAGGAUUGGGGCAGAAAAGUCCCAAGAAGAUCUUGAGGACGGUUUGACUUUUUCCUUCCAGAAUUCUUGCUCAACGAUAGGAGUAAAGCACAGGAUAAGCUUCUAAUAGUAGAGAGAGGAAGGCAACCUCUGGGGGCAGGAAGCUGGUGGUCCUCCUGAGGGUCUCUGUGUAAAUGAUAAAUUGUCUAAAAUGCCUCUAGAGAAAUAGGGUGUAUAUAAUUAAUGUAGCAUAUCUGGUCAACAUUGUAUUUGUAUCUAUUUGUAAAAAAAAAUCAUGUCAUAUUUUAUCAUCUAGAAUUUAUUUGUACAGCAGUCGAUGGUGUUGUAAAAAGAAAAUAUGGGGUUAAAAUACUGUAAAAUAGAUGGCAAUACUGCUAGAGCUGGGACUCUGGUGAGCAUCAGUCAUUUUUAGUCCCUCUUUGGACACUGUUGAAAUUUAUAAGAGGAUGAAUGUUUCUAAUUUUUCUUUCCCUUUUUCAAUCUAAAAGUAGUUACAUGUUCUUUGACUUAGUAUAGAUUCAAGCAAUAGAUUUUGAAGUCAGGCAUUGUUCAGCUGGGACACAGGCUGCACUCUCCAAACUGCUCAUCUAAUUAGACACUAGCCACUCUAUAUAUUUUACAUAGAUUAAUGCAGAACAUAUUCUCAUUAAAAAUGCUUUUUUUUAAAUGUAAAAAUAGUCUUCCAAAGGAAUUAGAAAUAUUUUAGUUCCAAAAGAAAAGCCAUCAUAUCACUUGGGAUCCCCUGUGAAAUAUCAUGCCUAUGAAAUAUUUAUAUUUCUCCAUCCCCUCAAAAUACCUCCUACAUUUGAACAUAGCUCAUUACUCACAUGCCAUGAGGUGUGUACCAUCCCUCUGCAGUGCUACAGUUCUCCUGUCUUCUUGUCUGGUUACAGGGCAGCUCUGUAGCUGAGUGGGUAUAAUUAGUCCUUGCUUUUUCAAUGCAGUUUUUUUCCUAGAGGCCAUCUCUACCAUUCUCUCAUCUGAUUGUGAUAUUGACAGACUGUGGAUUAAGCAAGCCAGGAAAAGCAGCCAGAAGUCAAAUAUAGAUAUUUACUAGGAGGAAGAGCAAACUGUGAAGUGGUUAGAAAAGAGCAAAGACUGGACCUAGGAAAUCCAAGUGGGUAACUUUGCCUGACUUCCCCAGAGGAAAACCUGGAAUUUGGUCUUGCCUCUGUAGUUGUUCUCAGGGUUUGGAGAUGAUGCUCUGGGGAGCAUACAGGCAGAUAAUCUAUUUCUAGUAACCUGAGGUGCUCUGAAUCUUUGGCCAUUGCUCAUGAAAGUAGAGAUUACAUUAUGUUACGUUAUAUUAAAAUUAGUUAAUAUUUCUAUAGCCCUUUGCAGUUUGCAAUACAUCUUUCCAUAUGUGUGUCCUUUAUUCCUCACUAUAGGCCCCUGAGGACGUAACUGUUGUCUCCAUUUUAUCAGUGAGGUCAAAUGUCCGUUCAAGGCUACACAGUGCAUCAUUAUUAGGCUUGGAGUCAGGACUCCUAACUCUGAAGCACAUGAUCUUUCAGCUAUAUGCUGGUGCAGAAAUGGCCUAGCCGUGGUUACAGGAAGGCUGGGAGGAAGAGUCCCGUCUGUGAAUGUUUCUAAUUUUUGUAAGUACCAGGUACCAUCCAGGGCCAUACAGCCAUGAAAGACUCUGUGGAAAGAACACAGGAGAAUUACUCUCUGAAGCCAGUAUUGAUGAUAAGAGAAUAAAAAUACCAGUUUGUGCUUCAUUAAAGUGAGCUAAUCCUUCCAAGUGGGGAAAGAAAACCUGAUUUCCUCAGCAGCUGCCACACGUGCGUGUGAGACUUUUGCAACGCACAAUUCCAAGGAGUUGAGUAAAGUGACAUACCUGCCUUUCUCCCAGAUCCCCACCCCCACAGCCAGGGAGUGAGGAUGGUGAGAAAAAACGUUUGUGAAACAGAAGUUAAACCAAUGGAGAAAGAAGGAGUUUGUUGGGGUCUAAGAGCCAAUGUCAAAUAGUCCAGAUACUGGCCAUGAAGAGAUUCUUUGAAACAUACCGUAAAAGGUAUUGCAAAAAUUCAAUGACAAAGAAUGUUUACCUUUAAAGACUUAUGAACAGCUCCUAGGUCUUGUUCUUAAUUUUUCCCAAUGGAAAAAAAUUAAGGCCUUAAAAUCUGUUUUAAGUAAUAUUCUUUAGUGUCCCCUACUUCUGUGGGUGGAAAUAAUUUUGUUCUAAAAUAUAAUUCAAUAUGGAGUGAUCUACCACCAAAACCAGACUAGGAAACUAGUCUGGAAUGCAUUGCACAGUAUUCAUUCCUCUGAAGGCAUGAUCCGCGUGAACUAUGGCGUUCAGCACCAGGAUCCCAUAAAUCCUUUAGAAAGACUAAUACUGGAAGAAUUUUUGUCUAAGGAUUAGAAAUGUAUUUAUUUUCAAAUAAGAUAAGACUAGUGUGAAUCUUAUUGAUGAAUGACAGACACUGUUAUUAAGUGAUACUUUUAUUUUCAAUAAUUCGUUUUAGUAAGCCCUUCUGCAUUUCUGACAGUGAGGUACCCUAGGUAGUGUUGUUAAGUAUGUCCAUUCUCCCUGACUUACCCCUCCCUCCCUCUACCCUCUAGCUCCCAGAGGUCUCUUACUAAUGGAAUUUCUCCAGUUAUAGAGAAAAAUGGUAAUAAAAACUAAACCUCAUUUGUAUUAAGGUCCUAUGGACUUAAUGUGUUACUCUUAGGGAUACCUGAAUUUUAAGAGUGGAGAACAGAGCAGACAUGGAAUGGGAGGAGAGAAAUUUGGGGGAGAGGGUUUGUAGAAGCGCCAAAUUUUAUGACUACUCUCUAGCCCCAAUAUUCCCAGGAAAAUUGACCAUUAAAGCAAUACUCACUGACCCACUAGUUCAUUUUGGUCAGCUGAGUGCCCUCAGGACAUUUAGUCCUUCUUGUGCUGUUUUGGAGCCAGAGAGUUAAAUUAACAGGACUUCCUCCUGACAGCCUCAAUUUGGACUGGGUCAUUCGAUCAUUCACCUUGGUCCUGUAUUUUUUGUAGGAUACAUGGUGAACAUAACACCACUCAUAAUGAACAUUCCCUGGUUCUUCUAUUUUGAGGUAUGUGGGAAGGAGUUGAAUUUACACAUCUCAAGGAAGGAUCUCUGACAAAAUGUUCAGAGAAGUAAAAUGCAACCCAAUGUAACCUGUUAGAGCAAGAAAAACCUCUCUGGCCUCAUCCAUGGAGAACCUUUGGCCCGUUAUGAUCGUCUUGAUAGGAGUUUGGGAGCUAUCAUGAGCUUGGUGUGUACAGGGGACUAAUGGAAAGUUAAUGCGGAUUUUCUCUUCAACCCCGAGCCAGUGACUAUGGCAACUAAGGGGAGAAGCAGGAAGAACACACUGAUUCAUCUGAACAAGUCAGAUAAUCUCAAAUGGACUAAAAAGGUUAUGGAUCAUCAAAAUGUCAGUGUUGGAUGAUGCUUUUUCAAAGGCAACUGGGAACCUUUCUUAUUACUCACGCACAUGCAGUAACUGUGACAGCAGCCCUAGGACGUGAGCCCAGGGCUUCAGGUCUCCGUUAGUCCGAGAACUAAGUGGUUUCAAGCUAAGUUUUAAUGCUAGGCACAAGCACUCUGUAAUGCGUUAAAUUUCAGCCCGAGCAAUUGGGGAUGUUUCUGAAACAUUAAACUUGUAUUUAUGUCACUAAAAUUCUAACACAAAUUUUAAAAACAUGUCUCAUACAUAUGCUGUACUAGGCUUCAUGAAGCAUUUCUAAAUUUGUGUAUGAUUUGAAUAUAUGAAAGAAUUUAUACAAGAGUGUUAUUUAAAAUUAUUAAAAAAUAAAUGUAUAUAAUUUGUA